AGAAUUCACAUGACCCAUUUCAUAAAUUCUUGUAUUUAUAACUCGCAUUCAUUUUUGCCGACUAAUUAUCCCAAAUUGGUCUCACAACACAGUAAUUAGGCAACAAUUGAAUUGUUUUCUUCUCAACCGUCAUGUAACUAGAAAUAUAGAAAUUAAUAAGUCAUGCAAUUACACGUUAGAGUCAUCAUCAGUUAGUUAACACUUUUGUAGUUUUUUUUUAUAAUAUAUUGGUGUCAAAGCACACUUUGUAAUUGAUUUUAAUUCCCUUUAGGACUUGAAUAAUGAAAAAAGCCUUCUGGGUUUUGGUGGGUUUUAGCUAAAGUUUCAAGCUUUGUUGUUUGUUGUCUUUGAAUAAUCAAUGGAAGGAAGUGAUAUAUACAGAGCAAGCAAUACUUUAAGAACAAGAAGUUCAACACUUUGGAGAAACAGAACAAGCAGAGAGGUUUUCUCAAAUGAAAGAGAAGAAGAAGAUGAUGAAGAAGCUCUUAAAUGGGCCUCACUUGAGAAGUUACCAACAUAUAAUCGUUUGAGAAAAGGGUUAUUAACCACAUCUAGAGGUGUGUCUAAUGAGAUUGACAUCACUGAGCUUGGGUUCCAAGAUAGGCAGAAGCUUCUAGAUAGAUUGAUCAAGGUUGCUGAAGAGGAUAAUGAGAACUUCUUGUUGAAGCUCCGAGAAAGGAUUGAUAGAGUUGGAAUUGACAUUCCAACGAUUGAAGUUCGAUUUGAGCACCUAAAUGUUGAGGCUGAAGCUUAUGUGGGGAGUAGAGCAAUGCCUACUUUCAUAAACUUUGCUACUAAUCUAGUUGAGAGUGUUUUGACUUUUUUCCACAUUCUCCCAAGCAAAAAGAAACAAUUGACUAUCCUCAAAGAUGUUAGUGGAAUAAUUAAACCUCGUAGGAUGACAUUGCUUCUUGGUCCUCCAAGUUCUGGAAAAACCACUCUUCUUCUAGCUUUAUCAGGAAAACUUGAUCCAAGUCUCAAGGUAUCUGGAAAAGUGAGUUAUAAUGGACAUGAAAUGAAUGAGUUCGUACCUCAAAGAACUGCUGCAUAUAUUAGUCAACAUGAUGUUCAUAUUGGAGAAAUGACUGUUAGAGAAACGUUGACUUUUUCAGCAAGGUGCCAAGGAGUUGGAUCACGUUAUGACUUGCUAUCUGAGUUGUCUAGAAGAGAGAAAGAAGCAAAGAUUAAACCUGAUGUUGAUAUUGAUGUUUACAUGAAGGCCACUGCAACCGGAGGACAAGAAGCAAGCUUGGUAACAGAUUAUGUACUAAAGAUUUUGGGUUUGGAUAUUUGUGCCGAUACAAUUGUAGGGAACGAGAUGUUGCGCGGUAUAUCGGGAGGACAACGAAAACGAGUUACGACAGGAGAAAUGCUAGUUGGACCAACAAAUGCUCUGUUCAUGGAUGAAAUCUCAACUGGUUUGGAUAGCUCCACUACUUUUCAGAUUGUGAAUUCUUUAAAGCAAUAUGUUCACAUUCUUAAUGGAACUGCGUUGAUCUCGUUGCUACAACCGGCACCGGAAACUUACGAACUUUUUGAUGACAUUGUUUUAAUCUCUGAUGGUGAAAUUGUCUACCAAGGACCCCGUGAACAUGUUCUUGAUUUUUUUGAGUAUGUGGGUUUCAAGUGCCCUGAGAGAAAAGCUGUUGCUGAUUUCCUUCAAGAAGUAACUUCUAAAAAGGAUCAAGAACAAUAUUGGGCACGCAAAGAUCAACCUUACAGAUUUAUAACCGUUACUGAAUUCGUGGAAGCGUUUCAGUCGUUCCACGUCGGUAGAAGAAUGGGGGAUGAGCUUGCAACUCCAUUUGACAAGUCUUUGAAUCACCCAGCUGCAUUGACAACUAACAAGUAUGGCAUCAGCAAGAAGGAGUUGUUAAAGGCUAAUUUUUCAAGAGAGUAUUUACUUAUGAAAAGGAACUCUUUUGUUUACAUCUUCAAGUUAUUCCAGCUUACCCUGAUUGCCAUAAUUGAAAUGACACUGUUCCUAAGAACUAAGAUGCAUCGAGAAUCAGUUAUUGAUGGAAUAGUUUAUUCGGGUGCUCUAUUUUUCUCAGUAGUAAUGGUUAUGUUCAAUGGAAUGGCUGAGAUUUCAAUGACGAUUGCAAAGCUUCCUGUGUACUACAAGCAAAGGGAUCAUCUAUUCUACCCUCCAUGGGCAUAUGCUAUACCUAAUUGGAUCCUUAAAAUCCCAAUUUCACUUUUGGAAGUUGCUGAUUGGAUAAUUCUCACAUAUUAUGUCAUUGGAUAUGAUCCAAAUAUUUGGAGAUUCUUGAAGCAAUACCUGGUGCUAUUUCUGGCAAGCCAAAUGGCUUCUAGUUUAUUCCGAGCAAUCGCCGCAAUAGGCAGGAAUCUCAUCGUCGCUAACACAUUUGGAUCAUUUGCACUUCUUGCUGUUUUUGUAUUGGGCGGUUUUGUUCUUUCAAGAAAGGACAUCAAUGACGGGUGGAUUUGGGGUUUUUGGAUUUCACCAAUGAUGUAUGCUCAAAAUGCUAUAGUGGUUAAUGAAUUCCUUGGAAAUAGUUGGAACAAGUUCACCCCUAACUCAAACAAGACACUUGGAGUUCAAUCACUAGAGGCUCGUGGAUUCUUCACAAAAGCUUAUUGGUAUUGGAUUGGAGUUGGGGCAUUAAUUGGAUUUACAUUCAUUUUCAACAUUGUAUACACCCUGGCUCUUACAUUCCUCAAUUCAUUUGAGAAGCAACAAGCAACAAUAAUUGAUGAGUGUGAAGGCAAAACAAGUAAUGGCAUAGCUCAAGAAGUUCAAUUACCACGCAUAGAAAGUUCAACAAGAGUUAGUGCUUCAAGCAAAAGCAGCAAUAAUGGGAAGAAAAAAGGCAUGGUUCUUCCUUUUGAGCCACAUUCUAUCACCUUUGACCAAGUUGUAUACUCCGUUGAUAUGCCUCAGGAAAUGAAGAAUCAAGGUGUGGUAGAAGAUAGGUUAGUGCUUCUUAAAGGUGUUAGUGGUGCAUUUAGGCCUGGUGUUCUCACAGCUUUGAUGGGUGUAAGUGGAGCCGGAAAAACUACUUUGAUGGAUGUUCUCGCCGGUCGGAAAACCGGUGGAUAUAUCGACGGAAGCAUAAAAAUUUCAGGAUACCCUAAGAAGCAAGAAACAUUUGCUAGAAUUUCAGGUUAUUGUGAGCAAACUGAUAUCCACUCUCCUCAUGUUACUGUCUAUGAAUCCUUACUCUAUUCAGCAUGGCUUCGUUUACCCAUCGAAGUUGAUUCCGAUACAAGAAAGAUGUUUAUUGAGGAAGUCAUGGAGCUUGUGGAAUUGAACUUGUUGAGGAACUCGCUAGUUGGAUUGGCUGGAGUAAGUGGACUCUCAACUGAACAACGCAAGAGAUUAACCAUAGCGGUUGAAUUAGUGGCUAAUCCAUCCAUAAUUUUCAUGGAUGAGCCUACUUCCGGUUUAGAUGCUAGAGCCGCCGCCAUCGUUAUGAGGACGGUUAGGAAUACAGUUGACACCGGAAGAACAGUUGUUUGCACCAUCCAUCAACCAAGCAUCGACAUAUUUGAAGCUUUCGAUGAGUUAUUCCUAUUGAAACGUGGAGGACAAGAAAUCUAUGUUGGACCGUUGGGUCGUCACUCGAGUCAAUUGAUCAAGUAUUUUGAGAGCAUUGAUGGUGUUAGUAAAAUCAAAGAUGGUUAUAACCCAGCAACUUGGAUGUUAGAAGUUACAACUCCAGCACAAGAGCUAAAUCUAGGUGUUGAUUUUCAUGAGAUAUACAAAAAUUCUGAUUUGUACAGGAGGAAUAAGAACCUUAUAGCAGAAUUGGGAAACCCUGCCCCUGCUUCAAAGGAUCUAUAUUUUCAAACUCAAUAUUCGCAACCGUUUCUGGUUCAAUGCCUAGCUUGCCUAUGGAAACAACAUUGGUCGUACUGGCGCAAUCCGCCGUACACGGCAGUUCGGUUUUUUACCACCAUGUUCAUAUCCUUGAUCUUUGGGACAAUAUUUUGGAAUCUUGGAGACAAAUAUUCAAGCAGCCAAGAUCUUUCCAAUGCCAUGGGUUCAAUGUAUGUUGCUGUUUUGUUCAUAGGAAUUCAGAAUUCAGCCUCUGUACAACCAGUGGUAGCAAUUGAAAGAACUGUCUUUUAUAGAGAAAGAGCUGCUGGAAUGUAUUCUGCUUUACCUUAUGCAAUUGCACAGAUUAUGAUAGAGCUACCUUAUAUUUUUGCCCAAGCUAUAACAUACGGUGUGAUAGUUUAUGCCAUGGUUGGAUUCGAGUGGAAUGUGAAGAAAUUCUUUUGGUAUUUAUUUUUUAUGUAUUUCACAUUUUGCUACUUCACCUUCUAUGGAAUGAUGGCUGUGGCAGCAACACCAAAUCAGCAUAUUGGUUCCAUUGUGGCUGCUGCUUUUUAUGGAAUAUGGAACGUCUUUUCAGGAUUUGUUAUUCCUCAUACAAGGAUGCCAGUGUGGUGGAAGUGGUACUAUUGGGUAUGUCCUGUGUCAUGGACCUUAUAUGGAUUGGUUGCAUCACAAUUUGGAGACAUAACUCAUAUAAUGGAAUCAGAACAUGUUUCAGUGCAACAUUUCAUAAGAAGUUAUUAUGGUUUCAAGCAUGAUUUUAUAGGAGUUUGUGCAAUUAUGGUUUCUGGAUUUGCAGUCUUAUUUGCACUCAUUUUUGCUGUUGCAAUCAAGCUCUUUAACUUUCAAAAACGAUAGAUAGAUAGAUAGUUAGACGGUGAAAACUCAGGUGCAGUCGACUUCACGUGAAGUUGAUACCUCAGAACCGUUAGAUAAUUUGACUGAUUUGACUAAAUUUUCAUCUAACGGUUCUGAGGUAUCAAUUUCACAUGAAAUCGACUUCAUCUGAGUUUUCACCUAGAUAGAUAGAUAUUUUCAUACAUCUUGAAGUACGUACUUUCAUAUUUCUAUUUUUUAUUUUUUUGAAAAGGUAUAUUUGUAUUUGUUAUGUUGAUGUACUACUAGACUUAGUUUCUCUUAUUUAAAAUUUAAAGUUUCAUUCAU